AUGGCGUCCCUCUUGCGUUCUGGUCUUUCGUGUCUGUCCGCUCGCGUCGGCCAUCUUACCGCUCCCACGGUCCUGGGUGCUGCCCGCUGCGCUUCCACGGUCGCUAAGGAUUACACAAUUAUUGAUCAUGCGUACGAUGCCGUCGUCGUGGGAGCCGGUGGCGCAGGACUUCGAGCUGCCUUCGGUCUGGCAAACGAAGGUUUUCGGGUGGCUUGUGUCACCAAACUUUUCCCAACACGGUCGCACACUGUUGCUGCCCAAGGUGGUAUCAAUGCAGCAUUAGGGAAUAUGGAAAAGGACGACUGGCGAUAUCACAUGUUCGACACCGUCAAGGGUUCGGACUGGCUGGGCGACCAGGAUGCGAUAUACUACAUGUGUGAGCAGGCACCAAAGGCUGUUAUCGAACUCGAAAACUACGGAAUGCCUUUCAGUCGGUUGGAAAAUGGGAAGAUUUACCAACGAGCUUUUGGUGGUCAGAGCAUAGAUUACGGAAAGGGCGGCCAGGCGCAUCGUUGCUGCGCCGUUGCCGACCGUACGGGUCAUUCGCUUCUACACACUCUUUACGGACGUUCCCUCCGCUACCAAACAGACUACUUCAUCGAGUACUUUGCAUUAGAUCUCCUGAUGGAAAAUGGUGUUUGCCGCGGUGUAAACGCAAUUUGUCUUGAGGAUGGUACUAUUCACCGGUUCAGAGCCAAGAACACGAUUCUUGCCACUGGGUAAGGUCCUUAUUUAGUGCUUCAUCACCACUUAGGGGUUAUGGCCGCGCCUACUUCUCUUGUACUUCUGCGCAUACAUGCACCGGUGACGGCACUGCUAUGGUCACCAGGGCAAAUCUCCCCAAUGAAGACAUGGAGUUUGUUCAGUUCCAUCCCACAGGUACAUCAUCCCUCUUUUAUAGACAACGGGAAAGCAGCUUUGUAGUGCAUUUGAGCCAGAUGUCCCUUUAGGCUUGUCAGAUAUAUUUUGACUCCGCCCCACAGGCCUACUAUGUCAGUUUUUUGUCUUCAGGAAUCUAUGGCGCUGGCUGUCUCAUCACCGAGGGCUGCCGUGGCGAGGGUGGUUUCCUCAUUAAUAGCAAGGGUGAGCGUUUCAUGGAGAAGUAUGCGCCAAACGCUAAGGAUCUAGCUUCAAGAGAUGUUGUCUCACGCGCCAUGACUAUCGAGAUCCGAGAGGGACGCGGUGUCGGUCCGCGAAAGGAUCAUUGCUACCUACAGCUCAGCCACUUACCUGCCGAGGUCCUCCAUUCGCGUCUUCCAGGAAUAUCGGAGACCGCAAUGAUCUUCGCUGGUGUUGAUGUGACAAAGGAACCUGUUCCCGUCCUGCCCACCGUCCACUAUAAUAUGGGCGGUGUGCCGACCAAUUACAAGGGUCAGGUAAGCCACCGCUAAUCAAACAUUGCCAUUGAGCGCCCAGAUCUUACUUUAAAGAAUUUCGAGGGCUCUUACCCAGCCGCGAGGCUGUGCAUCCACCUCAGGUUCUUAACUCGGCCUCCAUUUUCAUUCAGGUCAUAACUUACGACCCCAUCGCCAAAAAGGACAAACUUGUGCCUGGACUGUAUGCUGCUGGUGAGGUCGCGUGCGCUUCCGUGCAUGGAGCCAACCGUCUGGGUGCAAAUUCACUCCUCGACCUGGUUGUGUUUGGGCGUGCCUGCGCCCUUGACAUUGCUGAAAAGCAUAAGCCUAAUGAUGCUGGUCCCGAACUCCGUCCCGAUACGGGCAUGGAGUCUAUUGUCAACAUUGACAAACUCCGCUCCGGCAAAGGCGAAUUCCCUGUAGCCGACGUAAGUCUUCGUCUUUAAGGCGGUAAUGAGUGCCCGGGUUGCAGUGAUACGACAACUUGUUAUUCUCAUUUUCCACUUUUAGGUCCGCCUCGAAAUGCAACUUACGAUGCAAGAGCAUGCCGCCGUCUUUCGGGAAGGUCCCACUUUGAAAGCUGGGUGUGAGAAGAUGCUUAAAUUGUACAAUGAGAAGAUGCACAAACUUAAGAUUUCUGACAAGAGCAUGAUUUGGAACUCCGACCUGAUCGAAGCAAUUGAGUUGCAGAACCUGAUGCUCAAUGCCGUCCAGGUACUUAAUCGACCCUUGCGUAGUGUUUUCUGAUGUAAAACCCCGGGCUAACAAUGACUCGUUUGUUUUCGGUAGACAAUCGUCGCGGCGGAGGCUCGCAAAGAAUCCCGUGGCGCCCAUGCCCGUGAAGACUUCAAACAGCGCGUUGAUGAAUAUGACUACUCCAAACCCCUCGAAGGCCAGACCAAGAAACCUUUCUCUGAGCACUGGCGGAAACACACUCUAACGACACAAAACGUCGAGACGGGCGCCGUGAAACUUGAAUACCGUCCAGUCAUCGAUAGCACUCUGAACGAGAAGAUCUGCCCUACAGUCCCACCAAGGAUUCGUUCCUACUAA